AGCUUCUUGCUUACGAAGCGCGACAGACGUCCCAAGCUCCCAAGUCAUUCGCUUGUUGGAUAUUCUCCUAGUGCGGCCAAUUUCUUGACUCGACAAUUCCAUCGCCAUCAAGCCACAGGUCUGCGCUGCGAGCCGUCAUUAUCAUCCGAAACCUACCUCCUCAUCCUCCUCGCCCCACGGACCCUGCGCUCCUCGCGACAUCCCCCAGGACUGUCCGAAACCCCGCGUUAUCGAGUCUUGAACGAGCAUCGGGCGAUAUCUUCUCCCAGAGGACACAGGGAAGUCAAUAAAGAUGGGCAAAUCACAGUCGAAGCUCUCGGCAGAUCAGCUUGCUGAGCUACAGAAAUCGACGCAUUUCGACAAGAAGGAGCUCCAGCAAUGGUAUAAAGGCUUCCUCAAAGAUUGCCCCUCCGGCAUGCUGAGCAAGGAGGAGUUUCAGAAGAUCUAUCGCCAAUUCUUCCCAUUCGGCGACCCGAGCUCCUUUGCCGACUACGUCUUCAAUGUAUUUGACAGUGAUCGCUCUGGCAGCAUCGACUUCAAAGAGUUCAUUUGCGCCUUGAGCGUUACGAGUCGAGGCAAGACGGAGGACAAGCUUGACUGGGCGUUUCAACUGUACGAUAUAGACGGCGAUGGGAAAAUCAGCUACGAUGAGAUGCUCCAGAUUGUGGAGGCGAUCUACAAGAUGGUCGGCUCCAUGGUAAAGCUACCUGAGGACGAGGACACGCCCGAAAAGCGUGUGAGAAAGAUAUUCGCCAUGAUGGACAAGGACGAAAAUGGCAGUCUGGAUAUAGAGGAGUUCAAAGAAGGCAGCAAGCGCGACGAGACGAUUGUCUGCGCGCUGUCUCUCUAUGAUGGACUGGUCUGAUGCCAAAAACUCGGUUCUGGCAAACUACGGCGCAGGGGAGCGAUAUGAUUAUAUUUUUUACGAGCGGCAACUUGUGGCUUUACUACUGAAAGGAAGACUUCUCGGUUACGAUAUACGGAGGAAUGAAGAGUCCAUCACAACGACCCACGGCAUAGGUGAAGGAAGACGUAAGGGAAGGCCAUUGAAGGGACUACGAAGCCAUGAAGGGCCGAGCUUAGCAGUGUUUGCACGUCGGUUAACC